UACUAUUAAAAAACAAAAAAAAACAAAAAAAAAACAGGUCGAGGCAUUACCAGAGAAACAAAAAAAAUGGGGAUAGGAUCGUUGGCCAAAUCAGAUACAUCAGAUUUCAACACUCACGGCCCAUCCCAUCUUACAACUCCUGAUUGGACUAGUCCGUGCUACCAAACCGCUGUGCUAGCAUGUUUGGUAAAUGGAGCGUACACAAUGGAAAAGGACAGGCGUAUUAAGCAAAAAAAAAGGUAUAGGUUUGGCUUUUUCAAGUGUCCGGAACCACUAGCCAAUCUUUGGUGGGAGAAGUUCGGAUUCGAUUUGGAGGAUACCUUGUACGAGGAUGAUGGUACCAUAUACGGUGCUGUUUUCAAAUACAAGAACUACAGCUUUUACAAAAAUGACCCUGGUGUGAAAGUUCCAGAGUAUGUGAUAGCUUUCCGCGGCACGGUUCUGAACAAGAAAACUUGGAUAGCUGAUAUUAAACUUGGCAUCCAAUGUAUAUUUAACACCCUUCAUCGAGGUGGCAGGCCUACGUACGCCCUUGACAAAAUCCGUAGAAUGGUUGACAAACAUAGCGACUCAAAAAUCUGGCUUGCUGGACACUCUUCCGGAGCUGCCCUAGUUUUGAUUGCUGGAAAGACCAUGGCGAGUUCUGGAUGCUUCCUCGAAAGUCACGCAUUCAACCCACCAUUCUCAUCUAUUCCUUAUGAGCUGCUACCUGGAGGAAAAUUUAUUAAACAUGUGUUUCGAACCGGCAAGAGUGUCGUCAAAAGCGCCAUAGCUAUGUUCGCAAAAAAACCACAGGAUCAAGAAGACAAAUCAAAAACAGCAUUGUGGAUACCUCACAUAUAUGUGAACCACAAUGAUCCAAUCUGUUUAGGAUAUAUUCAUUACCUUAGACACAGAAGCUUCAUGUCUAAGAUUGGUGCAGGCGGAAUCGAGAUACUUGCUGCUGGCGUCUCAUAUGCAAGUCUAUUGGUCGGAAAAGUAAUGAGAUCACCGCCACCUUCGAAAUUGUCAAAAGAACCUCUUUACGUUCUUCCAACAGCAGCAAUGACGGUAAAUAAUAACAAACCGACUAAGUCUACGCCAGCUCAUGCGCUUCACCAGUGGUGGGAGGCAAACCCGGCCGUGAGGGUAAAUUGGGAAAGCUAUCGCAUUAGAUCUCACAAAAUGGAAAAGCUAAAGCAAUUGACAUUAUAAGUAAUUUUUUCUUUCUUUCAAAUUUUUUUUUGUUUGAAUUUCCAUGUAACUGUUUUAAACUGGUUUUCACAAGAAAAAACCAAAAAAAAAAAGUACAAAUGAAUUGAAAAUCUAAUUUUAUACGCAAUACUCUGGUCUUGGUUGGAUCCUA